UAUAAACAAAAAAAAAGUAAGAAAAUAGAUAUCUUUAAUAAAAAAUCAAGUUCAAGCUAAUUUUUUGAUAAAUAAAUAAAAUAAAUAAAAUAAAACGAAAUGGGCAAUCAACCUCCUCCAAAAUAAUAUAAUCCUAGAAUGGAAAAGUAAAAAUUAGAAAUAGCAUGUAUGAAAGUAAAGGGUCAUUUGGAAUUGCAAAGAGAUAGAAGAAUGGGAUAGGCAAAUGCCAAAGAAUAACAACUUAUAGUUAUGAUUAACAGUCCUACAAGAUCUAUGGUUGAAGAAAAGCACAAAGCAGCUUCUAUAGUUUCUGAUAUUAGUUUCAUAGACGCUUGCAACAUCGUUAUAAGAUGCUGCGACAUUUUAAAAGAUAGAAGUAUGCAUAUUUGUGAGUCUAAGGGAAACCCUGCUGCAGUUAAGGAAUUACUUCCAUUUAUUGAAACAAUUAUUUGGAGUACUAGACACUUAAAUUUGUCAUGCCUUUAGGAAUUCACAAACAUGAUGGUCAUGUUCUUUGGAAGCUCUUAAGUUCCUAAUUCUAUCUGUGAUGAAACUAAAGUCGAUCCUUAAUUAAAAAAGUGUUUUGAAAAUGUAAUGCCUUCUGAUGCAGAUAUCAACAGCUACUUUAUCAAACUAAGCUAAAAAACUGGUAUCACACUUUCAUAAAUCAAUACUGUUGGUCACGAAUUCUCAGAUUAGCCACCAGUUUAAAAUUAAAUGGGUGGAAACGGUGGAUAAAAUUUCCCUAUCUUUGUUCCUAACAUAUAGCAAUCUAUGAAUGCUUAAUAUCCUAACUAAUAUGGAUAAUAAUAAUAAGUUGGUAACCUAAAUAUAAAUAUUAGAGUCUAAGAAGUUCCGGGAUAACAAUAUCCUCCCUAACAAGGUUAAUUCCCUCCCUAAUAAGGUUAGUAUCCUCCAUAAUAAGGCUAAUAUUAAUAUCCUCCCUAGUAAUCUGGAUUCCCUUAAUAAUAAUAGUAUCCUCCCUAGAAUUAAUUCCCUGCUUAAUAAUUCCCACCUCAACAACCUCCUCAACCCUAAUAUCCUCAAUUCCCUCCUCAAUAACCUCCCCAAUAGCCACAAUAUCCUACUGUUAACGAUAAUGCCUAAAACCAACCAAAAUACAAUUUCCCAUAAGUUUAGCUUCCUUAAUUUAAUAUUUAACCUCAAUAGUAAUAACCACAAUAACCCAUCAAUAACCAACCACCUAAUUUCUAACCCAAUAUUCCUCAACAAUAAGGUGGUAACAAUUAAGUAGGUGGCACUGAUAGUCUUGAGGAGAGAUUAAGACGUAUUAGAGAAGGAAUCUGA